AAGCUGAAGGCAACCCAUGAGAAAAUAGCUUUUGAGACAUGAUAAAUUAGGGUUUCAUCCUUCUUUCCAAAAGCGGAAGUUAACAAAGUAAAUGGAUCAACAAUAAUGGGCUUUGAGGCCCUUUGGUUCUGGGUAUCGCGCUACAAUUGCUUGCCAAUUGAAGAAGAGAAUUUCCGCAAAGAUCGGAAUUGUUCGGCGACAUUGCAGUUUCAAUUCUUAUCAAGCUCGCAACUCACUAUCAUAGCCGUAUUCCCCUGAUAAUUGCCGAUGGCUAAACCGAAGAAUCAGUCGAAAAAACCCUACUCAAACUCUAACAAAAAGUCUUAUAGUAAAAGACAAGGGAAACAAACGGAUAUUUCUGAAUUUCGUGCUCAAUUGGAUACAAUAGGCUUAAAGAUCAUACAAGUUACUGCAGAUGGUAAUUGUUUCUUCAGGGCUGUGGCUGAUCAAUUAGAAGGCAAUGAGGAAGAGCAUGAUAAGUUUCGGAGUAUGGUGGUUCAGUUUAUCAUGAAGAACCGAGAGAUGUUUGAGCCAUUUAUCGAAGAUGACAUGUCAUUUGACGAGUACUGUAAGUCAAUGGAGACAGAUGGCACGUGGGCAGGACACAUGGAAUUGCAAGCUGGGUCUCUUGUUACUCAUAGCAAUAUAUGCAUACAUCGACAUUUGUCUCCUAGGUGGUAUAUAAAGAAUUUUAACGAUUCUGAAGCUCGUAUGAUCCAUCUGUCUUAUCACGAUGGCGAGCAUUAUAACAGUGUGAGAUUGAGAGAAGAUACUUGUUUAGGACCUGCCCGGGAUAUUAUAAUCAAGGCUGAUACUAUCCUUCCAGCAACAUCUGGUGAAGCAAAGACUGCUGCUGUCAAGAAAUCACGGCGGUUAAAUGGUACUAACUUUGUCAAUACAGAUUCCAUCACAAUGGUAAUGACUGGAAGUGGAUGUGAAGAUGUUAAAAGAGCUGAACAGAUCUUGCUACAAGUUAGUGGUGAUGUUGAUGCAGCAAUUGAAUUUCUCAUAGCUUCACAAGGAUUAGAAGAUACUAAUAAUUUUGAGGAUCUUCACCAAGUUAAGAGUGAAACUAGAAUCAAUGAGGCAGACAAUAAAGGUAUCUCAGAUCAAUCGCGUGAACCAGAUCUAUCAUUUGAUAUGGAAGGAGCUCGUGAUGAUAUAAGUUUAAGUUCGCUGAAAGCUGAAAAGCAUGCCUCAAGAAACAAGGUCUGCCCAUGUGGUUCAAAGAAGAAAAACAAGGCUUGUUGUGGAUCAUCAGCGAAGACCUCCUCUAAAUUGAGCAUGAGCCAAAGUUUUGAUAACAAUAGGAAGGAUAGAAAGAUAGGACGGAAGAAAGGAGCCAAAAUCAUCGCAAAGUCACAACAAGAAUCUGAAGGACGCCCUCUUGAUAUGGGUGCACUUUGUAUAUGAGAAGCUAUUUAUUUAUAUACUCCAAUACCCAUUUCAGGUACUUCAGAUGUCAAGUUAUUGAUUCUUAUUGAAAGCAUAAUCUGUGGUUUUAUGUGCUAGCCUCCCCAGAUAUUAGUUUAUGAAAAAUCUCUCAACUCAAAAUCUUGUUUCUUACUAUUUUUUUUUUCUCAUUUUUUAGUUUGUGAAUUCUUAAACAUUAUUUUGUUCUAUAUGAAUUCUCUCUUAUUAUGGAAAUGACUAUGAAUUAUUGAAAGUAAUGGUGUACUAUUUUGAGAAUUUGUAUCUUCACACACAACUUAUGUU